ACCGGUUCCGGACAGACACUGACUGGUCAUAAUUCAGGACGAUAAUACGAAUGUUUGCCCGACGACUUACGGUGAUCAAGAGAGUUUUACAGGCUGUCAAUACUGAAUCUGUAAGAUUUUGUCACAGUAGACCACAGCUUACCCAGUUUACCGACAUGAAGAUUCAGUUACUUCCUGCCCUUGAGGAUAACUACAUGUAUCUACUUAUUGACGAAGAAACAAAACAAUGUGCUGCUGUUGAUCCGGUAGAACCAGAAAAGGUACUAAAGGCAGUGGAGGAUGCUGGUGUUACUCUUACCAGUGUGCUUACAACACAUCAUCAUUGGGAUCAUGCAGGUGGAAAUGAAAAGUUUAUAGAUUUGAUGAAGAAAAGAGGACUGAAUGUGAAAGUGUUUGGUGGAGAUGACAGGAUAGGUGCCCUUUCUAAUAAAGUUAAACAUGGAGACAAAUUCAAGAUAGGCAGUUUAGACAUUGAGUGUCUAUUUACACCAUGUCAUACAUCAGGCCAUAUUUGUUACUAUGUAACCAGUUCAAAGGGAGACCAGCCUGCAGUAUUUACUGGUGACACAUUAUUCAUGGCUGGAUGUGGCAAAUUCUUUGAAGGAAGUCCAGCUCAAAUGUACAAAGCUUUGGUAGAAAUUCUGGCAAAGUUACCACUGAACACAAGAGUAUUUUGUGGUCAUGAGUACACAGUAAACAAUCUGAAGUUUGCUGCACAUGUAGAGCCUUCUAGUGAUGAAGUAAAGAGGAAAUUAGCAUGGGCAACUGCACAAAGAUCAAAAGGUCUUACAACAAUUCCCUCCACUAUUGAGGAUGAAUUAAAGUUCAAUCCAUUCAUGAGAGUCAAAGAGAGUAAUGUGCAAUCUCAUGUUGGUAAAAAAGAUCCAGUGGAAACAAUGGGAGCAUUGAGGGCAGAAAAAGAUAACUUCAAAGGGUGAUGUCGACAUCGUGCAAUACAUAAUUAGAAACAUUUAUUAUGAGUAACAACUGUACAUUAAAUGAAUAUAAACUUUUUAAUAGCA